CCCCGGGCUUUGUCACCAGUCGGCUCAGUGAAAUGCUACGAGAAGCUACAUACAUCGCAAAUGAUGUCGAUGUAAGCCUUGCUGUACUAUCCCCAGGCCCCUCAGUUCGAAAAGGCGCAACCACUGAUUUAUACAUCACGCAACUCGCGGUACCACACAACCUCAAAUGUAUUUCAUUUCGCAUUCAUUCAACAAAUUUUGCACUAUGAAAGGCAUGGCUUUGUGAUCCAACGGCCAGGAAAAACUAAACCCUCCGUCAAAAGACGAGGCAUGAAUACUAGCACGACUCCAUUGCAUAACUAAUUAACUUGUCACACCUCACUCAAAGACUCUUUAAUAAUUUACAAAGCGCCGUUGAAAUAACAACGGGUACCUUGACUUUGAAGAAUGCGUUACCCUCCAGUCUUUGAAAUUGACUUGUUUUGACACAGAUUUGUAUGUAAAACUCUGCAUUUGAAGUACUGGUUUAAAUUUAUUUACGUUCAGGAAGUUACGGGACAUUACGGAUUCUCCUAUCAAGGAAUUAGCUUUAGGCAGAUCAAAGAAUUCCUCAACACUUUAUUUCUUGGAGCAUGCGUGAUUUCGCUGUCGGGAGAUAAACAAAUGGCUAUUCACGACCGCGACCAGGCCUGAAAUGAAUUGAAGUUAUCUCUGCGUAAAGUUAUUUAAACGCGGCAUAAUCUACGUUAUGGCGGCGAGACUUAUGCUUUUGACUGCGCUCGCUUAUUUUCUAUCGACAACUAGAUUUGUGGACUCGGAGAUCUUUACCGCGCUGUCCCAUGUGGAACGGUUAAUAAAUAUCGAAAUGGAACUCUCCGACGCGCUCGAAGAUUACCUCUUUGAACAAGAAUCGCGGCUGAAGAAAUUACGAUCCUUUAACGAGGACGUGAAGAGGGCAAUGGGCAGAGCGAUAUCUAACAGGGAUGAAUAUAUUGGACACCCAGUGAACACUUAUUUAAUGAUCAAGCGACUCGUGAAAGAAUGGACGCAACACGUGAAAUCGAUUGAACAGGAAGGCGACGCAGAAGGUCUGCUUAUUGACAAGCUUGAGAACUAUCGUCAGUUCUUCCCUGGACAGGAUGAUUUAGAAGGGGCAAUGGCCGCCAUCAAGAGACUUCAGGAAGUCUACAACCUGAAACCGUUCGACUUCACUAGCGGUAAAUACAGUAUUCGUACAGCCUCAGGAUCUUUGCUGACUGCUACGGACGCGUUCAAUUUUGGUCGCGGAGCGUUUGUGUCCGAGGACAUGGAAAACACUCGGCAGUGGAUGGCCGAGUCACUGAGGUUGUUAGACAUGGAGUCUAGUAGCCAGAAAGAGAUCCCGAAUCGAUUUUCUGUGCUGGAUCACUUAGCUUGGUCUUCCUAUCAGCUCGGCGAUGUAAGAAGUGCUAUAAAUUACACUAUUGAAGCCCUUAAAGUCGUGCCAGAUCAUGAACGAUCCAAGGUGAACCUUGGCAACUUCAGGGAGUUACUAAUGGAAGCUGGAGAAGAGAAAUCAAAGAAACCAGAAAAUAAGGAACGUGAAUUCCCGUAUCUGGCGAGCAAACUUCCUCAGUCGACGCUGAAGAACUUCGACUGGUUCGAGGAGAGACGCAUUUUUAAGAAACUCUGUCGAGGAGAUCCUAUGCCACACGCGCCUCAAAGCCCAGAGAGACUCAGGUGUUACUACAAGACAGGCCAUCCUCUCUGUACCAUUAAACGGUGUCCCAUUGAGGUGGUCUUUACAAACCCGGACAUCAUGAUCCUGCGCAAUAUAAUGAGUGAUGCUGAAAUCGACAAAGUUAUAAAGAUAUCAAAACCUUUGCUCAGUAGAGCAACUGUUCAUAACCCAAUAACGGGACAGCUGGAGUUUGCACACUACAGGAUAAGCAAAAAGUACCCUUCUUCACGCCCCCUUUUUUUGUUUUUUUGUUUUGUUUUGUUUUGUUUUUUCAUUUCAGUGCCAGAUCAUGAACGAUCCAAGGUGAACCUUGGCAACUUCAGGGAGUUACUAAUGGAAGCUGGAGAAGAGAAAUCAAAGAAACCAGAAAAUAAGGAACGUGAAUUCCCGUAUCUGGCGAGCAAACUUCCUCAGUCGACGCUGAAGAACUUCGACUGGUUCGAGGAGAGACGCAUUUUUAAGAAACUCUGUCGAGGAGAUCCUAUGCCACACGCGCCUCAAAGCCCAGAGAGACUCAGGUGUUACUACAAGACAGGCCAUCCUCUCUGUACCAUUAAACGGUGUCCCAUUGAGGUGGUCUUUACAAACCCGGACAUCAUGAUCCUGCGCAAUAUAAUGAGUGAUGCUGAAAUCGACAAAGUUAUAAAGAUAUCAAAACCUUUGCUCAGUAGAGCAACUGUUCAUAACCCAAUAACGGGACAGCUGGAGUUUGCACACUACAGGAUAAGCAAAAAUUGCUGGUUAAACGGUGGCCAUGAUGAGCUCAUCGAUCGUGUGAACGCACGAAUGUCAGCAUUGACGGGAUUAAAUUUGAAAACCGCAGAGGAUUUCCAGGUUCAAAAUUAUGGAUUGGCAGGACACUAUGAUCCCCAUUUCGACUUUUCAAGGGAUCUUGAGAAUUCGACACUGGGUCGACUUGGCACCGGAAACAGGAUAGCUACAGUUCUUCUCUACAUGACCGAUGUGGAGGCCGGUGGAGCUACCGUGUUCCCGUAUGUGGGUGCCAGGGUAAUGCCCAAAAAGGGCGAUGCUGUGUUCUGGCACAAUCUACUGCGAUCAGGCGAUGGUGAUUUCAGAACACGUCACGCUGGAUGUCCUGUUCUAAAGGGCUGGAAAUGGGUUUCCAACAAGUGGAUUCAUGAGUACGGAAACGAAUUUAGGAGACCAUGUUCACUGUCACCGGAAGUGUGAACUUUGAGGCAUCUCUGAAAGGAUCAUUGGCUAGUAUUGGAUUAACAGGAUAGGAGAAUUCGCUUUAAACUCUCAGAAAUUUUUAUUUUUUUGUAAUUAAUUUCUGCUGGUCAGGUUUAAAGAAAGAAAAUCUUAGCGCAGACAUUGCUUCACGGAGCAUAGAAAGUAAAUGCCGGCCUUUACACUGUAGAACGGUUCAUCCAACUUCCAAAAAGUGUUGCACAAAAAAAGAAAAAUAGGAAGUCUAGAGUGCCACUGAUCAUAUAUCUGCAUAUAACUAAGGUGAAGAAUGCGUAGUGGGAACCGCUACAUCUAGCUAAUCGCUAAUAUUAAACAUAAUCUGUAACUAAAAGAGUAAUAAGCUCACAAGUUAUUGUGACGUUAUAAUUCCAUUUAGUAUAAAAUGCUAUGUUUCUUGUCAAUCGGUAUGCAGUCUAAAGCUCUCAGAUUGCCAGGGACUGGGUAAGAUUUGUCAUGGAAAGAGCGAAAUAAACGGAAGAAGGAUAUCAGUAAAGACGA